GAAAGACAAUCCGCCUGCGCCGGAAGUCUCACUGUCAGAACUGUCAGUGCUGUUAGUAAAUGGGUGUAUGGUAUUGGAGUUAAAACUCUUCGAAUCGCAGUCUAGUGCCGGCUUCAAGCCACCAAUAAUGGCUCUAUCAAACCCCAUAGUAUUGGCAGUGAGUUUGAUUGUGUUCAGACCUGACGCCCCAUGGAUCAAGGCUCUUCAUCAGAAUCAAUUUGACUGCUGUGGAGAAAGACAAAGAGUAAACAGUUCAUGUUCAAAUUACACUUACUGUGAGCCAGGAUGUUAUCUACGUGUCCUGGAGAACAAUACUUCUGUGUGUAUGCAGUGUGACCCAGCUACUAUUGAAAUGGACAACCUCACAGCCUGCAAUUACACUUACACUAUGGAGAAGACAAAUCGAACAACAAUGACUACCUUCAUUCCCAACAUUGGUGGCCCAGGAGUGGCAGCCUCCCUCCUGCUUGGAACUUUGUUGAUUAGCCUGUUCCUGAUCCUGUCUGUUGCCUCCUUUUUCUACCUCAAGCGCUCGCAUCGACUUCCCAGUAUAUUUUACCGGCGCAACAAGUCCUUUAUCUUCCAGCCAAGUGAAACCGCUGUCAUGAUACCAGGAUCAACAUCUUCAGGGAGAAAACCAAGAUAUGUCAGAAGGGAGCGUCCCUCUGCCAUAUCUGCGUCUAGCGGUGCCACAAUCCCCACCACUGCCACAACCAAAGUCUACAACGUGUAAAGCGAAGAGCAGAUCAUGUGUGCCAACAGUAAGGCAUGUUAACAGCAUUGGUUGGCAUGUCUUUCAUCUGCAACAUUGCCACAACCUUCUUUGUUUGCUCGUUUUUUGUGAAUAGUACAUACUUUUUAAAUUGUAUUUUUUUCAGUAUGCAUAUUUCGCUUUGGGCCAAAGUAGUUUUUACAUUAUCCUCCAUUGUGGAUAGUGAAUGACCUAUGAGUGAGUAAUUUGUAGUCAAAGCUCUGAACCAAAUUGGAUGUAUUAUUAUGUAUUGUUUUGCAGCACACAUGCACAAUAAGAAAGUAAAUCAAAGAAAGGGCACUUGAAAUUGACCUGGCAAAUUUCAGUUCAGUUGGACCCAUUGUUGUUUUGUAAACAUUAAAUACCCUUAUGCCUAUGUACUGGAUUGGUAUAAGGUUGGGUUGAACUACAUUACAUUCUCUGGAAUCUUAAAUAGAUGUUCAGAUGAAGUUCUACUUUUUAUUUAUCAUUACAGACAUUACUUGAAUUUCAUUUCAGCACUGACAAGGAGCUUCAAUUGUGAAUGUUUGUACGUGAGACAUUUUGCCAAACUGUGUUGAGAUGUUUGUCUUUAAAGGUAAAUGCACAUACACAUUGCUGUGCCAUUUGUGUUUGCUUAAAGUUUUUAUAAGGAAAAAUGUGGUGAUAAUUCAGAAUUGAGAUGAUAGUAUUGGAUAUUGAAUUGGUAUCCUGUGGCCUUAUACAGCACAUUCUUAAAUCAAUAAUCCAGUGAUUUUUACUAAUAGCAAGUUUGGGGGCAGAACACAUGUUGGCUUUGGGUCAUUUGGAGUUCCAUGCUGUGUUUAUAGGUGAAUCUUGUGAAGUUGUUAAUCACAGAAUAGGAACCACUGAUGGGAUUUCAUUCAAAGGAGUAUUGAUCUUUUGCGUAGAGAUUAGCUGUUGUACAGCCAUUCUACAAUUGUACAUAUGUACAUACAGGUUUUAUACAAAUGAUUUAUUUGUGUUUUUUGUAAUGUAAUUUUUCUAGUUUUAAUCAUCAUGAAGUAUGUUCUGAAGAGUCUGUAUUGUUUACAGGAUUAAAGCACCUUUAUUUUAA